GCUCAAAAGCGUGCGUCUUUCGACCCUUCUUCAACUUUGUUGUAGCUACUUUGAUCCCUCUCUGAACCCAAUUUCAUUGCGUCCAUCUGUUAUCAAUCAAUCAUGUCAGGAACUGCUUCCCCAUCAGUUUUGGUCUUAUUUUUGUGCAUCUCUGGUGUAGCACAAGCUCAAGUUUCUGGUCCUGCUCCUGCUCCGCAACCUCAAGCUACUAAUGCCACCACUGACCCAUCUCAAGCAAGAGUUUUGAAUUCAGUGUUUGAGAAAUGGAAUAUUCGGGCCGAUCCGAAGCAAUGGAACACAACCGGAGACCCAUGCAGUGGAGCUGCCAUAGACUCCACCAGUCACUCCACCAAAUUUGAUGACCCCGCUUACAACCCCUUCAUCAUAUGUGACUGCUCUUAUCAAUCCGGCACCAUUUGCCACAUUACACAACUGAAAGUUCAGGACCUGGAAGUUGUUGGUGUAAUUCCAGACGAGUUAUGGAGUUUGACUUCCCUCACCAAUCUGAAUUUGGAAAGGAAUUGCCUGACAGGACCUCUCUCUGCAGCCAUUGCAAAUCUAACUGGCUUGCAAUAUUUUACUAUUGGCAUCAACGAUUUAUCAGGCGAGAUACCAAAAGAAAUUGGACAACUUACUGAACUGAGAUCAUUGUCUUUUGGGAGAAACAACUUUUCGGGUUCUCUGCCAUCUGAGCUAGGGAAUUUAUUAAAAUUACAACAGCUUUACGUAUCUAAUUGUGGAGUUAGCGGUGAGAUUCCACCAACUUUUGCUAAUCUACAAAACUUGGAGAUUUUUUGGGCUAGAGGUGUUGAACUCUCUGGCAGGAUACCAGACUUCAUAGGGAAUUUCUCAAAGCUUACUUCCUUGAGGUUUCAAGGAAACUCUUUUGAAGGUCCUAUACCAUUUGCAUUUUCCAAUCUGACAUCUAUUAAAGAGCUACACAUUAGUGAUUUGUCAAAUGCCAAUGGGAGCUCUUCUCUUGCGUUUAUUGAGAAUAUGAAGGCUCUAAGUAUCUUGGUGCUGAGGAAUAACAAUAUUUCUGAUUCAAUUCCUUCCGAUUUUGGAUUAUACCAAAGUUUGUCUCAGCUGGAUUUGAGCUUCAACAAUUUAACUGGACAGAUACCAGACUCACUCUUUAAUUUGAGUUCUCUCUCCAUCUUGUUUCUUGGAAACAAUAAGUUGAAUGGCACCCUUCCCGAGUAUAAGACUGCAUCUCUUCUCAAUAUAGAUUUGUCGUACAAUUAUCUAGAUGGGAGCAUUCCUUCUUGGGUCAAAGAAGAAAAAUUACAGCUUAAUUUAGUUGCCAACAACUUCAGCAUAGAAAGUUUACAGAGCAGUGGUCUUCCUUCAGGGUUGGCUUGCCUUCAAAGAAACUUUCCUUGCAAUCGUGGCCCUGGAAUCUAUUAUAAUUUUGGGAUUAAUUGUGGAGGACCUGAGAUUACGUCUUCCUCCGAUGGGAUUGUGUAUGAGAAGGAAAAUGAACCCCUUGGACCAGCUUCAUAUUUUGUGACAGGCACAAGCAGAUGGGGAGUUAGCAAUGUCGGAUAUUUCGCUGGCAGUACCAAUCCUCAGUAUACAAGUUUCUCCUUAUCUCAAUUCACAAAUACUUUUGAUUCUGUGCUAUUCCAGACUGCAAGGCUCUCUGCUUCAUCAAUUAGAUACUUUGGCUUGGGGCUUCAGAAUGGUAACUACACCGUGAACCUCAAGUUUGCAGAACAUGUCAUUCUGGCUGCUACUACCGGGAAAUUUCUUGGGAAACGUCUUUUUGAUAUUUAUAUCCAGGGCAUUCUGGUAUCAAAGAAUUUUGAUAUACUAAAGGAGGCAGGUAUGUCAUCUUUCGGAGCUGUUCAGAAGCCAUACACGGCUCAUGUUUCGGAGAACUACCUUGAAAUCCAUCUCUUUUGGGCUGGAAAGGGGACUUGCUGUAUACCUGAGCGGGGUACUUACGGACCUGCUAUUGCAGCCAUCAGUGCUACACCGGAUUUCAUACCUACUGUCAGUAACAGCCUUCCAACUAGUAAGAAGAAUAGAACUGGGCUGAUUGUUGGGAUUGUUGUGGGUGGUGGAGUAAUUUUGGUUCUGUUGGUUGUGGCUUUUUAUCUUAUUCAAAGAAGAAAAAGGUCUGACCCUGAUGAUGACGAAGAGCUGUAUGGGAUAGAUGUUGGACCACUUACUUUCAGUUAUCCUGAACUAAAGACAGCUACAAACGACUUUGAUGAAGCUCAUAAGCUUGGAGAGGGAGGAUUUGGACCUGUCUAUAGAGGAACACUUAGUGAUGGAAGAGUAAUUGCUGUGAAGCAAUUGUCUGCUGCAUCCCACCAAGGAAAGAACCAGUUUGUAACUGAGAUUGCAACUAUAUCUGCUGUGCAACACAAUAACCUCGUAAAGUUGUACGGAUUCUGCACUGAGGGAGUUAAACGGCUCCUUGUCUAUGAGUAUCUGGAGAACAACAGUCUUGAUCAAGCAUUAUUUGGAGAGAGACGUUUAAAUCUUGAUUGGUCAACACGUUUUAAUAUAUGCUUGGGCAUAGCUAGAGGUUUAACUUAUCUUCAUGAAGAAUCAAGAGUUCGAAUUGUACACAGAGAUGUGAAGGCCAGUAAUAUUCUGCUUGACACUAAUCUCACCCCCAAGAUAUCGGAUUUUGGUUUGGCUAAGCUUUUUGAUGAGAAAAAGACCCACAUAAGUACCCGUGUUGCGGGAACAAUUGGGUAUCUUGCACCGGAAUAUGCCAUGCGUGGACACCUUACAGAGAAGACUGAUGUCUUUGCCUUUGGUGUUGUGGCUCUUGAAAUUGUCAGUGGUAGGCCAAAUUCUGAUCCGAGUUUGGGUGAAGAAAUGACUUAUCUUCUCGAAUGGGCUUGGCAAUUGCAUGAAAACAGACGGGCAGUUGAACUAGUGGAUUCUAGAUUAUCUGAAUUCAAUGAGGAAGAAGCACAACGAAUAAUCAAAAUAGGACUUUUGUGCACUCAAACAUCACCAAUGCUACGACCAUCCAUGUCCCGUGUAGUGGGAAUGCUUUCAGGAGAUAUGGAAGUGACAACAGUAACUUCAAAGCCCGGUUACUUGACAGACUGGAAAUUUGAUGAUUUAACUACAGUCACCAGCCUAACAAAACUGGACGGUGUAAGUAUUGUCACCAACGUGACUGAUAUGACGACUAGAGGAACGGAUUUUAGCUUCAACAACUCAUUAGCAAGUACAAGCAUAAUGGGGCAAUCACCUCCUAAUGCCAUUCAUUCUAUGUCUAAAAAUAAUGUUGAUGGUCGGUGAGAAUUCUGAACAAGGAAUUAAGUGUCUUAUGUUGAAGAUAAACUGGAGCUCUGGAACUAUUUGUAAAUGGAAAAGUAAUCGAAGAACUUACAAGUUAUAGAGUGUUCCUUCCUAGCGCUCUGCUAGGGUUUAUCGUUGGCCUCCUCCUUCGACAAAAUUCUCAAACCUUCCAGAUCUCAAUGGUCAUGGCCAUUGCUAGCCUUGUGGCUAACUCUAUUCCUUUUUGCUGCUUUCGAUCUGGCGCUUGGGGUUCCACCUUGGACAGGGCUGCCUGGGGGUGCUGGUUGGGUCAUGGCUGAUAUGAGGCUGAGCUCCAAGGGAGUGAAACUAUAUUGGUUUACGGCGGAUUGGUGAGUCUGGAUCUUGGAUCGCGGUCGACCGGUUGGCAUCAGUGAUGGGAGUAUUGAUGGUGUCGAAUCGGAUCCGCAAACUGGCAUUCUCUUUGACGGCGUCAUUGAGAGAAGUGAUGGUGUUGCUUGCUGGGCCGAUGUUGGUGGACGAAUCGCACUGACGUUGCCGGAGGUGAGGGCAGCUUGCGUCUGCUCGGGGUCUAUUUGUGAUGAAGAGUGCAGUUCAGUCGGUGGCUUCACGGGGAUGUGAUGGAUUGCUAGGAUCGAGUUGCAGACGCUGAUGGCAUGAUGCAAUGUUCCGGUGGUUGGGCUGGAUUGGGAUCGGUCUCUGGUCGGGAAGAUGUUGCGGACACGGCUAUGUUCGUCCGUCUUCGUGGGCUGGAGGACGAAGAUGAUGGAGCGGUGGCCUCGACGAUGAGUAUCGGCGGUGGCGCAACCGGUGGAUUUUGGCUAGAGAGAUACUUGUGGGCUCAAUGGGCUAGGGCUUUGGUUUACCCUACUCUUUGGGCUUGCAUUUGGAGUGGCUGGGCCUCUUGGGCAUUGAACUGGUUGGUGGGCCUCAGCUUUGGGCUUAUUGUUCUAGGGUUUCAAGUGGCCUGGAUUACCAUUUUUCUAGGGGGUUGGAUGGAUUGGGUCUCUAUGGCCCAUAGCACUGUUUAAAUUUUGUUUGGGUCGCAAAAACCAAUGCCUUAGUUGAAAUCAUUUUUUGUCUGCUUCGAGGUUUCUAGGUUUUUGUUAGAAUAAUGGUGCGUAGACUUCCUAAAAGGUGGAUGUACUGGGGGUAUCCUGGGUUCCUAUGCUUUUCUAGGAUAGGAUAUUAGGAUGCUCUAAGGAACGAUUCUUUCUGUCGAUCCCAUAGGGGUGUUUCGUUUUUGUACUACUUGCUGAAUCUAAUGAAU